GCAGAUUCCCUAAUUUCACUCUUACUUUGCUCUUUUUUCUUCUCCCCACCCUCCAUUCCCCUCUCUCUAUCUCAUCAAACAAAUCUCGUAAAAAAUUGAAGCCGUUAAUUUCCAGAAGGAGAGGAGAGAUCCGGUAAAGUAGAAGAUAAGAUGGCAUCGAAACGGAUCUUGAAGGAAUUGAAAGAUUUACAGAAGGAUCCUCCUACUUCAUGCAGUGCCGGUCCCGUUGCUGAAGACAUGUUCCAUUGGCAAGCAACAAUUAUGGGUCCUCCCGAUAGUCCUUAUGCUGGCGGUGUUUUCCUAGUUACUAUUCAUUUUCCUCCAGAUUAUCCAUUUAAGCCUCCCAAGGUAGCAUUCCGAACAAAGGUAUUCCACCCAAAUAUAAAUAGCAAUGGAAGCAUUUGCCUGGACAUUUUGAAGGAGCAAUGGAGUCCGGCUCUAACCAUAUCCAAGGUAUUGCUCUCCAUCUGCUCUUUGUUGACGGACCCUAACCCCGACGAUCCAUUGGUGCCCGAGAUUGCUCACAUGUACAAGACCGACAGGAACAAGUAUGAGACGACUGCACGAAGCUGGACCCAGAAGUAUGCAAUGGGCUAAGGGCUAAAUGACCUGUGGUGUGUGAAAUGGAGGGCCCUUUUUCUUCAUUUCUUUCUCCUAAAGUUCUAUUUAUCGAUGUUUGUUGGUCAAUCUAAAUGGGUGAAACUGGCCCAUGCAGGUAUGUUUCCAUUGUUGUAUGGAUUAAUUUGACCCUCGAUGAAAUGUCUCUAAUUCAGUAUGUCACCAUGUAACUUCUAAAUCUUAUUGGGUUCUCCUAUUUGUAUGAGCAAUUCCUUUCUUCACGUGUAUUUUCUAGAAAA